CAGCGUUCACAGCCUGGCUGUUCGACCGACGCUGAAUGAGAACGCAGUGAUUUCGACUUCAAAAUGAUGAAAUUUCUACCUAAGCUGCUGCUGCUAGUGCUGUUAGCCUUCCCGGCGACUAUCCUCAUCAAAGGGCCAGAGGUGAGUGCCCAGGAUCUGACUGAGGAUGAGGAGGCUGAAGCUGUGGAUGAAGAUGCCGUGGAUGAGGGGACAGCAGAGGACGAGGACGAUGAGGUGGAAGUGGAAGACGACGAGAACGCAGAACUGGUGAGUGAUACGGAAGAAAAAGAAGAUGAAGAAGAAGAAGCGUUGGUUGGCGAGGUGAAGGCUUCCCCCAACGCUGACACCACCAUCCUGUUCGUCAAAGGAGAAGACUUCCCUGCCAACAACAUCGUCAAGUUCCUGCUGGGCUUCACUAACAAGGGAUCAGAGAACUUCAUUGUGGAGUCUCUGGACGCCUCCUUCCGUUACCCACAGGAUUACCAGUUCUACAUCCAGAACUUCACCGCGCUCCAGCUCGGCAUCGUGGUUCCAUCCGGCAGACAGGCCACCUUUGAGUACUCCUUCAUCCCCGCAGAGCCAAUGGGAGGGCGGCCAUUUGGACUAGUCAUCAACCUCAACUACAAGGACGGCAGUGGAAACAUUUUCCAGGAUGCAGUGUUUAACCAGACGGUCACCAUCACUGAGAAAGAGGAUGGAUUAGACGGAGAGACCAUCUUCAUGUACGUCUUCCUGUCGGGUCUCGGGCUGCUGGUCAUCGUUGGCCUUCACCAGCUGCUGGAGUCCAGAAAGAGGAGGCGUCCAGCUCCAAAGGUGGAAAUGGGAACUUCGAGCCACAACGACGUCGACCUGAGCUGGAUCCCUCAGGAAACACUCAACCAGAUCAACAAAGCGUCUCCCAAAAGAUCUCCUCGCAAGAGAAGCCAGAAACGCUCGGCCGGCUCGGACGAGUGACGGGCGCCUGACACCACGCCGACAGAUCUUCACCCGCCCGUCUAUGGAGGAGGAAGAGGAGGAGGAGGGGAGCUGUGAGCGCCACGCCGAGCACACUCUGCUCUAUCUACUGAGAAACUUUAACCAGUGCCAAGCACAGCGAUGGCUGGCUCUCUUUCAGCUUGAGGACUGUCAAACACACACACACACACACACACACACACAGCCCGUUUUGUUUAACCAUUACCGUUCGGUGAAGCCGUCAGAGGAGGCAGAGAAGUGAAGAGAUCAUUCUAAAACAGGUGUGUUGGGUUAAAAAGGCGCGUGAGGACAUUUUUCUAAAAGGUUGUUGGUUUUCUUUCCGAUUCUGUUUGUUUGUUAAAGCCUCAGUAAGAAAACUGCUGAUGAUCAUUGUGAGACAGUUUUGAUUGUUUUGUUUAUUACCUCCCACUGUGGUGCAGGGCUGUGACGAACAGAGGAUUAAUCAGUCAGUCAGCCAGUGAAGUGAAAAUCUUCGGCUUUUGUUCAGACCGAGGAAGCAAUCUGACGACAUCAUGUCGGGCUCUUGGAACUUUUGAUGGACAUUUGUUUAGAUCAAAUGAUUUGUGUUUGCAGAUAGUUUGAUAAUGGGAGGAAGUGUUAGUUGCAGCCCUGCUCUGGUGAGUAAUGGAGCCACGAUAACGUUGUUUCGAGUUGGUAGAGUCUUUCUGGAUUUCGUAGUUUGUCUGCUCUGUCGCUGCUGUCCUGCUUUACAGUCUGACCCCGGUGCCGUCCUCCUGCUCGGGUGCAGCAGUCGAGUCCUCUGACAGACGUUUUAAGGCCUUUGUAAGGUGCACAGCUCUGCAGUUAAAACAAUGUGUCAGUAACAAGAACAUGUAAAUUAAACAUGGAGGGGGCUUGCAGGAGCUCGUACACAGAAGCAGUGUUGUUUUGUUUUAUGCUGUGAUGCCUUCAGACUGCACAACGGGUUUCACAUUUAAGUUGUGUGAAAUCUGUCACAGAAAUGAAGAGCAGAUCGAGAUUUUAUGAUCGUUUCAUCAUUUGGGAAGUUGAGAAGUUAAUCUGAAAUGAUUAACUGAUGAGUCAGCAGUGAUAAGUGAUUAAUAAUUUUAGUCAAAAUUCACUGGUUCUGAUUUCUCAAAUAUUUGCUGAUCAUAGUUUGACAGUAAACUUUGUUUUGGGCUGUUGGACGGACAACAUGAGCUAUGUGAGGACCUUAAUUUGUACCUUGACCACAAGUAUAUGGAUAUUUUCCUCCUCCAUUGGGGGGAAAAAAAAUCUGUCAACACAUUUGUUUUGCAAAAACUGAUUGCAAAUGCUCAAACAAGCCUGCCGGGCCAGCAGGAGGCGAUAAAAGCCUCCAUCACUGUUACGUCCAAAACCAGAGAAGAACAAUCUGAACGUUAUUUUCCUUUGGUGGCAGUAACUUAAAAACUAACAACGGUAGCUAAUGAUUUAUUUAUUUGAAGUUAUUCAACACUUUACUGGCACGUGGCUUAGCAUUGCUAACCGAACGUGAGCUAACCAGUUGUUUGCCAUUGUUGUUGUUUCGUGCUCGUUACACAAAGCAACAACCGGCAUCGAAUGAUCUGUAUACCUGUGGUCAAGAGCUCGGGAACAUCACGUCAGCAGGUCGAUCAAAUGUUCCUGUGAACCCACAAUCAGUGGAUCUGUGGACAGAGGAGUCAGCGGUGUGGUGUCGGAUAUAAAGCCGCCCUUUAACCCCGACGCCCUGAGUUUAAACCCCAGCGCUCACAGGUUUGGGGAUCGAGGGGCUUCUCCAUGUGGGCGCAGAGGUCGGGGCAUCAUGAACAAGCUCAACGGUUUGCUUUCAGGUCUGAAAAUGAUCUCCAAACCCUCAACGUGUGCCUGUUUUCUACUUUUCUCUUUGUAGAGUUGUUUACGUCUGGCUUCUCUCCUCAAGCAGCUUUUCUUCUUUCAAAAUCAGAAAAAUCGUUUCUCAACUGGUGAAUUUGUGUCUUUUUGUUUUCUUUUUCUUUGGAUUGUAAAAUUGUUGAACUGGCUGAAGCACUGGUGUAAAUACUGGCUGAUGGAUGAUGAACUGAGCAAAAUUACCGAGCUAAUUUAUUUGAGUGACAGAUGGGGGUUUAACGGCGGGGAGUUUUGUGCACUGUUUUUUUUUAUUUUACCACUAGGGGGCGAAACUGACUCACCCUGCAGGUCUUGGACUUGGUUGUAGAGUUCUUGUACCGCGGCGUUGUGUGACUUUGAGGAGCUGACCUCAGUGCUCGGACACAUGGUGGACUCUUGGAUUCUGCAGGAAGAGGAAACAUGUGGUCCAGAUGUUAACACGCAGCUGAGGCUUGUUGGCACCACUCAAACAUCCACAGAGAACUGAGGUUUUGUUUUUUAAAUGAUGGGGCUGUCAUUCAUAGAUAGAAGCUUAUACUUCUACUUGCUUUUAAAUGUGCAGGAAAUAAACUUUGAUGAUUUGC